UGUCAGUAGGCCUCUGAUCUCGAUAGGUAGGGGAGGUUAUUUAUUAUAUUCAUUUGUGAAUAAAACUUUCAUAAAAACAAUAAAUAUUUGGACUGUUAAAUAAAUAAACUUCCAAAGAAAAAAUAGAAAACAAAAUUUUUAAACGAUGGGUAAAGGCUAUGCGUUAAUUUACUGGAUUAAUUCUCGCCAUACAGACACCAUAAAGUGUGCAGCAAUACCUAAAAAGUGUCGCAAGGAGCACGCGGUGGUUACGUUAAAAUGGCGAAACGGUGUCACAGGAACUAUCGAAAGAAGAUUAGCAAAAAUAGUAUGCAUAGCAAAAGAUAAAGCGGAAUUGAAUCAUUUAUCAGUGGACACAGAAACGGGAAUACUUCUGGAUAAACCACACAAAAUAAAUAUCCGCAAUUCAAUUUCCAGUCGAUCAGAUUCACUGUUUUCCGCUAGGAAGGCUGCAAAAAUAAAAAUUAGUAAGCAGAGAAAACAAAAGGAUGGUAAAAAGAAUAAUAGAGCUGUUAUUUCGCAUGUCCACGAUGAAGAUAGUGAUUCAAGUAGUGAAUCCAGUAGUGAUGAUGAUGAUGAUGAUGAUGAUGAUGAUGACAUCAAUUUAAUUAAUUCUGAAUCAAUUGAUAAGUCUGAUGCAAUGCAUAAUUUACUUUCUAAUGUGACUUUGGAAAAUAUUCAAUUUCUUAAAAAAUUGGUAGUCGUAAUGGAGAAAGUUUACAAGAAGAAACAAAAUAAUUCAAAACACGAAGAAAUGAUUAUGGAACCGGAUCCACGAGCAAUUAUCGAUCAGGAUAAGACAAAUAUUCAUUCAAGUCUCGGUGCAUUCCUACCUCCGAUGACAAUCAAUGCUGUUUUCUAUAGAAAUCAGGAUCUUGGAGAUUGGAAAAAAUUAACGACCGACAUUUUAGUUGAAAUUUAUGGCAAACAAUUGGCCUUUUUAUCAGCCAAAGGACGAAGAGGGGCUCAAGGGAUUGAUCCUAAUGUUUAUCGUGCCAUUUAUGAUUUAGUUAACAUGAGACUCGGUUGGAUCUUACCUUCCAAAGAAUUUGUAAGACACAUAAACAAAGUUUGUUCAAACCGUAAAAAGUAUGUAAGGAACAAAGAUACGAGCCAAGUUUUUGUUAGUCCACUUGAGGUUGAAGAUCCAAUAGCAGCUGAACCUAAGUAUGAAAUAACACCAGAUACAGAUGAAAUGCCAAACAGUUAUUGUUCAAUUCAAAUAACAGAAACAUUUAGUGAAGCUCCAAUGUGAAUACACAAAUAUUUUGUACGAUUUUUACUAUUGAUUUUUCGCAAUGUUUUCAAACAACUGGAGAUUACAAUUGACAUUUGUAUGUGACAAUCGCACAAAUGUAAAUAGUACAAACAUUACUAUUAAGGAUUACAUAGUUAAGUUAGAUUAUUAACAACAAAUUUAUUAUUUAAAUUUGAUAAUAGAAUUUUUUCUUUGUUCUAUACUUUUAAUUUAGGGACAUUUUAAUAAAAAAAAAAUAUGCCACCAUCUGUGGGUCACUUGAUAUAAAAAAAUCUCAAAUAACUUUUUUUUCAGUCCCUUAGGAAUCUUGAUAAACGGUUGAGAUUUUAUAUUCCCGCGAGAUGGAAUAAGUUUUUCAUUGAAUUAAGAAAGUUUUUUUCACAGAGGUUUAAAAAAAAUGAAGAAAAUUGAAGAAAAAAAUUAGUUCUUUGAUAUAUAAAAGUAACAUUUAGUUACUUUACGUUAAUAUAAAAAAAACUGUGACAGACUAAUUAAAAAAUUUCCUUCCAUUUUUUUCAGUACAUUUAAUUAUUAAAAAAGCAUUUGGAUUAAAUUAUUCCAUAAAUUUGUUAAUGUGUAAGGCUAUUUUUGAAUGACGUAAUUAAAAAAUUUUCUAUGCAUUAAAACAGCAACUUUUCCUUCAUCUUCAUCUUAUCAUGGCUAAUUUUUUAUCUAAAACAUCUUGUCUUGGUGCGAGCCCGAAGGUCUACACAACAAAAACUACUUGAUCAAUUUUGCUUAAAAUUCAAUCAGGUUUAAGUUACAUAAUUUUGCAUUGAAUAAAACUGGUUUUACGUCAAUAUAUCAUCAUUUUUUUUAAGAUUCACACAACUAAAAUUAAAUACAAACGUACAUAUGUACAUGUACACACACGGACAUUCUCUUAAAAAACGUAUCAUUUAACUCUAGGGACUUCGAAAUGGAAAGAUAUCUUAAAAUUCGGACUUUGUAAAAUCGCAUUGAUUCUAAUAACUUCCCACUAAAAUGUUGAACAGAAGGCCAAAAAAUUGUUAACUAAUUUUAUGUUUACUUAUUUCUUGUUUGUAUCAAAAUAAAA